AUGGCGAACGUGGGGCUGCAGUUCCUGGCGAGCGCGGGGGACGCGGACCCGCAGAGCCGGCCGCUGCUGCUGCUGGGCCAGCUGCCCCACCUGCUCCGCGUGCCCUGGAGCCACGUCCGCGGGAAGCUGCAGCCCCGGGUCACCGAGGAGCUGUGGCAGGCUGCGCUGGGCACGCUCAACCCCAACCCCACGGACAGCUGCCCCCUCUACCUCAACUGCGCCGCCGUGGCCGCGCUGCCCUCGCGUGUGAGCCGCCACAACAGCCCCUCGGCCGCGCACUUCGUCACCCGGCUCGCGCGGACCUGCCUGCCCCCCGGGACGCACCGCUGCAUCGUGAUGGUGUGCGAGCGGGCCGACGCCUUCGCCUCCGCCUGCGCCCUGGCCCGCGCCUUCCCGCUCUUCACCCUCCGCUCCGGCGCCGCCAGACGCACCGAGAAGAGGACCGUCACGGUGGAGUUCUUCCUGGUGGGACAGGACAACGGGCCGCUGGAAGUGCCCACACUGCAAUGCCUGACAAAUGCCACGGAGGGCGUACGGCUGGCAGCCCGCAUUGUGGACACACCCUGCAAUGAGAUGAACACAGACACCUUCCUUGAGGAGAUUAAGAAAGUUGGAAAAGAUCUAGGGAUCGCCCCAACCAUCAUCCGGGAUGAGGAGCUGAAGACCAGAGGGUUUGGAGGAAUCUAUGGUGUUGGCAAAGCCGCCCUCCACCCCCCAGCUCUGGCCAUCCUCAGCCACACCCCCGAUGGAGCCACCCAGACCAUUGCAUGGGUGGGCAAAGGGAUCGUCUAUGACACCGGGGGCCUCAGCAUCAAAGGGAAGACCACCAUGCCCGGCAUGAAGAGAGACUGCGGUGGUGCUGCAGCCAUCCUGGGGGCCUUCAGAGCUGCCGUCAAGCAGGGCUUCAAAGACAACCUUCACGCAGUGUUCUGCUUGGCCGAGAACUCCGUGGGGCCCAACUCCACGAGGCCCGAUGACAUCCACCUGCUCUACUCCGGAAAGACAGUGGAGAUCAACAACACGGACGCCGAGGGCAGGCUGGUGCUGGCCGACGGUGUGUCCUACGCCUGCAAGGACCUGGGCGCCGACAUCAUCCUGGACAUGGCCACGCUGACCGGAGCGCAGGGCAUCGCCACGGGCAAGUACCACGCCGCCGUGCUCACCAACAGCGCCGAGUGGGAGGCGGCCUGCGUGAAGUCCGGGCGGAAAUGCGGGGACCUCGUGCACCCCCUCGUCUACUGCCCCGAGCUGCACUUCAGCGAGUUCACCUCGGCCGUGGCCGACAUGAAGAACUCGGUGGCGGACCGCGACAACAGCCCCAGCUCCUGUGCUGGCCUUUUCAUUGCCUCGCACAUCGGCUUCGACUGGCCCGGGGUCUGGGUCCACCUGGACAUCGCUGCGCCUGUGCACGCAGGUGAGCGCGCCACGGGCUUCGGGGUGGCCCUCCUCCUGGCACUCUUCGGGCGAGCCUCUGAGGACCCUCUGCUGAACCUGGUGUCCCCGCUCGGCUGCGAGGAAGACCCCCCGGAGGGCGACACGGAAAGGGACUCCAAGAGGCGCAGGCUUGUAAACCCACUCUGA